UGUACAUUCAAAAAAGACUUCAUUGAACGACCGUACAAACAGCUUUGGAUGCCAAAGGAAAAUCAGACGGUACAGAUUUGGCCUGAGCUGGCUCCAUCUUUCACGUCCGGAAGAAAUCAAGUGGAGGCGUAUUUUAUAUUUGUUCACAUGGAUUUAAACGAUUCAGAUCAUAGACGGUUGAAUCAUUAUGGGGGCUUUGUGGUUUUGAGGCAUGGCUUGUCAUCAGUGAUAGUAGACAUUAAAGAUGUUCAAAUCUGUGACUCCUAUCUAGUUCACAUACGUGAAUGGUUUAAGAAAAUUCCAUGUGUAGAGUUACUGAAAAUUGUGGUGAACAAAGACAUGUUCGAGAAUAUAAAUCUAGAAAAUGCAGAGAGAUUUGUCCACAAUGUAUCACACAUAGAUGUUUAUGUGUGGGGAAACCGCUGCAGAGAAGUCAGAGAAGAACUGUUGAACCUCUAGAAAAUCAUACAAACUAUUGUGAUUACAAUGUGGGAAUAAAAUAUAAACUUCACCUUUCCUUUCACUUUUCCUGUAUCUUUUUUUAAAAGAUACAAUUUUUCCUGAUAAAUUGAGGUUUUUGAUCAUUUACGUUUUGUAAUUUUAGGUUAUUUUCCAAGAGUAUAUUCAUUGACAUAGAUUGUAGUUUUCAUAGUAAUUAAAACGGUAUAAAAGUGUUUUCGUACUCAUUUUGGAAAUUUGGCAAAUCAAUGUUGGAUAAACUGAACCUUCAUCAUAAAAACGUGUAAAUUCAAUAACAAUUCAUUGAUCAUUUAAUUCAAUUUGUAAAGAGUACACGAAUCUAAAUCCGGGUAUUUUCAAGAGGGCUGGGUGGAUGUUGCCAUUAAUAAACUAUAUGAAUCUCCUAACGAGGAAGAGCUCUCCAUAAAGAUAAAGGAAGACGUUUAGAUUUUAUUGAAGAAAUAUAUUGAAUUUCUUUUACUUUGUGAAAUUAUAGGCAGAUCUGGUGGGUAAUCUGUUGAUUAUAAAACUUUUCCAUCUCUUAUUUAUUUCAAUUUUAAAAUGCACGUACAAAUGUUGAUCACAAAGCACAUUAUAAA